AUGCCGCGUAGAGUGGCCGAGCAGCUGAUCUCGCGUCACUGGCUCUCGGAUAGCACGAAAAUCGGCGCGCAGAUUCUUCUCGAGUGCCUCGACCGCGACGUGCUUCCGUUCAACAUCGUCGACAACGCGGAACUCUGUGAAGUAAUUCAAACUUACGUCAGAGUUGGUUUUUCACGUCAAAAUGUUGAAACGCUUGUUUCUGUUUGUAGAUCGGCGUGAAGGAUAUGCUGGAGGAGGCGACCGCGAGAAUCGCCGACGGAAAAUGCCUCACUCGAAUCGCGCAUCCUCUACUGAUCCACUUUUUUAA